AAACCGGUGAAUAUUUUUCGAUGAAAUUUGGUAGAUAUUCGUUUUCGCUCUUUCUGAACCGAGCGACAUCACUUUCGUGCCAAUUCAUUAACUUUUUUGAAGGUGGGAGGGUCCCUUUAACGAUUUGUAAAACUUAACAUCUCAGAAACUCUUUGACCAAGCGUCAUCGCGCUGAAGUUGUGGUGAAGACUAGAAUGAAGUAGUAAGUCAAAUCGAAUGCUCUGUAGUCUGUCCUAAUCCCAAUCGAACCCCUGUGGGGAAUCAGGAAGGAGGAGCUCAGCCUGAUUAAACCAGCUCCCACAGAAAACGGACUUUAACGGAACCUGUGAAAGGUGUGGCUGAAUAUCAGCGCGGAUACUCUGAACAUCUUGAUCUAUGGAAUGCCAAAGCGGAUGACGGAAUGGGACAGGGCAGGGAAUAAAUCGGUAAAUAAACCAUGACCUGGGGGCUCUUUGCUGAUAAAUUAUGGCGGCGAGUUGAUGAAGGGGGCAGGGGCAACUAAUUUCCGGACACCCUGUAUAGCACGUGCCUACUUUCUUCAUUUACAAAAUACAGGCAAGUAAUCACUACACACGAACCGUUUGGGAUUUUCACUCGCGCCGGAGCUGCCAGUGAGUCAAACGGUAUUAGCUGUUCACCUUCGAGGAACCCUGAAUUGCCCCUCCCGUCGGCGGAACCUGCCCCACCCUGCGCCUCUCGGCGCGCGGUGUCAGUUCAUACUGCGGCAAGACAGAUCGUUACUCUUGCACCCGUUUUCCACCGAUGACUGUGCAGCCCGACUCCGCUCAAUGCCGUUCGGGCGAUGUAGGAAACUCGGCAGCGCGUCCUUCGGUCGUCAUGACUCGACGCGCUGCAGGCUGACCGCCUGAGCGAUGACAUCACCAGAACUCCGAAGACUCAAUGGGAUUUCCAAAUGUUGUGCUAAUGUGGUUCGCAUGUGAAGUAGGAAAUAUGGAAAUGACGUGCCGGGGACGGCGCAGUAUCCCCGGCGGACCGGCGUUGGCAGUCGAUUCUCGGCUGUGGAGUGGCUCGGUAGGUGUUGAGGAUGGCGUCCGCUCGUUUCAUAUUGACGGCAGCUCUGCUGUCCGUCGCCUGUGGUCAGCUUAUCUUCAAUGGAGAUCAGCAAGGUCGUCAACUGGUGAGAGAUUGCGGCGUGGCCCAGCCCAGCGGUAUAAUUUUCCCUUCAUUUUCUUCUCGUCUUCGUCGUAAUGCUCAGAAGGUGGCCCUUGCACCUGGGAAGAUACCGACUGCCAGCCCUGAGGUAGUUGGUGGAGAAGACGUGCGGCAAGAGCUGGGCCGCUGGCCGUGGAUCGCGCUACUCGGAGAGCAACUCAACGGACAGCGCCGCUGGACGUGUGGCGGCACGCUCAUCUCGGCUCGCACCGUGCUGACGGCGGCCCACUGCGUGGUCGGUCGGCGGCCCUCUGACCUGACCGUCCGGCUGGGAGAGCACGACCUCUCCAGAACCAACGACGGACGGCACGUGGACGUCUCCGUGGCCCGCAUCACGAUCCACCCGGGCUACGUGGGUAAGCAGAACGACAUCGCGCUGCUGCAGCUCAGUGGUCCGGUGACGUUCGGCCGUAGGAUCCAGCCGGUAUGCCUGCCGGCCGUCGACGCCAGCCACACGGGCAAGACGGCCGACCUGGCCGGCUGGGGCUACACCGAGUACAACGGCGAGGGCUCCCAGGUGCUGCAGGAGGUGGAGCUGGUCGUUCUGGACGAGCAGCAGUGCGAACAGAGGUACCGCUCGGUGCCCGGCUUCGAGGACGACUUCCCGGGCGGCUUCCAGGGCUCCAAGCUGUGUGCCAACGGCGCCGACGGCACCUCAAGGGACGCGUGCCGCGGCGACUCGGGAGGACCGCUGGUGUACCGCAGCAGUGGCUCCGAUCGCCGCUACCAGGUUAUCGGAGUCGUCUCCACCGGACUGGGUUGUGGCAACCCCGAAUACCCCGGCAUCUACACAAAGGUCUCCAAGUACAUUUCUUGGAUAUUCAACAACAGUAGUUAGAUACAGGACACAACAAUUGUAGCCUAUGCUUCGAUUCAUCGGUUCCGUGAAAGGAGCACCAAGUGAUUGUUUCUAAAGUACUUUCAAAUUGCGCGAGGAAUGGUAGAAGUUUACAGGGAAGCUAUAAGGUAGAUGGGUAGAAUGAUCUGGCUGUGUCGCUCUUAUACUUUUUUAAGGAGCAAUCUUGUGCAUUCAACAUUCGAGUGAAUGUUCUCGGUGAUCGAUGAACGUCUAAUUUUAGGUGUUGCGUGAUAUUCUACUCCUUUUCUGUGUAUUUUUCCGUCAUGUGUCAACUGUCAGAUGAGAAAAGCAGAUUUCAUAAUCACCCUACGACUAGGUUAUGUUCGCAUGACUCCGGUGCGCUGUUGACAUAUGCAAUUUUGUGAUUUUUUAGAAAUAUAUGAUUUUAUUUACAA